UCGAAUUUUUUGUGAUCUUGAUUUAUAUACCAAUUUUUUUAACAUCAUGCCCUUCGCCCCUGAAUUAAGAACCCAUUCUCAAAAAGUGUGUAGUCUGUAUAAAGCAGCUUGCAGACUUAUCGAAUCUUAUUAUGUUGCAAAGUAUUGUAUACGAUACCAUCAAGUAAUACUACGCAACGAAUUUGAUAAAAAUAAGUGCGUAUGUGAUCCUCAAGAACAACGUCGUUUGCUUUGGUCUGGUGAAAGUGAGGUUUUUAUGCACAAAAAUCCCAUUCCAAGCGCUAAGUUCGCAAAAUCUUUAGGACUAGCUGCUGGAGUUGCACAUGGGCGCGUUGUUGAGCCACCAGAUUGGGUACUAGACUAUUGGCAUCCACUUGAGAAAGCGCAAUACCCUGAAUACUUCAGAAAGCGUGAAUGCAGAAAAUGCGAAUAUAUUAGGAAAUGGAAUAGUGGCACUUUGUAUUAAAAUGUUAUUGUGAUUUAUU